UACUCCCACUGCAUUGUCAGAAUUCAACGCGCACGUUUGUCCGUGAUUUCAUAGACAUCAACGAGGACUUUCUCCACUCGUACUUGUUUUUCAUCCAAAUCUUUCUUCUCCCCAAAAACACCUCAGAUCACCUCCCAAGUCCAAAUCUUUGCCUCACUCGCCGCCGAUGAGUAAGGACCAACCGGUGCGCAUGUCUCCGAGAUUCGCUCCUCCAAUUCAUCCGGAGGGCAAUGCGGCCCAAAGUACUGCCAAGAAUAGCGCCUCCGUAGCUUCAAAUCAGUCUAAGCUUCUCAGACGCUCACCGAGGUUAUCUUCCGCUUCGGCGACCGCAAAUGCUGCUCUGACGCCGUUGCAUGCGCAGGGCUUCAGAAGGUCGCCGAGACUGAAUGCCAGUCCGGAUCCGGGUACAUUGCCCGAAUCGUCGAGGAAAUCGGGUUCUGUGAAGGGUAGGGCCCGUAGGGGCAGUUUGGGAAAGUCGGAGACGAGAGUGUCCCACGAAGAGUCUCCGAGAAUCGGUUCGCCUAAAAUUGGCACAACAGAGGUGACCGUAGUUGAGAGCAAAAGAUCCAAGGGUCAAAGCUUGACAUUGAAUGCUGACAAAGAAGCUGAGCCAUUAUCUGUCUCAUGGAAUGAAGAUGGUGACAAGUUAUAUAUGCCCUUAGAAUAUUAUGAUAAUGAAUUCUUUGGUGAGAGGCACUUGAGAAGAUCACCAAGGCUAGUUUCAGCAACUGAAAACAAUGGCAGUGAUAAAUCUAUGAACAAAUUUCUUGGGGAUGUAUUCAAUAAAAAUCACUUAACAUCUCCAAGACUAUCCUCAUCUUUUACUCGGGCUGAUAACAUCAAAUUAGACUCUUCUUUUGUUGGAUUGUCUAAAUUAGAUAAGCAUCCUUCCAAAAUGAUUAUAACCUCUUCAGGGAAAUCUGAUCCGGAUGAAGACUGCUUGAGACAGUCUCCAAAAACAUCUCUGUUUGGGACUCAAAAUGGCAAAAGAGAAUAUUCUUUUAUUGAAUUGUCCGAGUCAGAUGAGAAGCGGCCUCCAAAGAAAUUUAAGACCCCGGCUUCUUUAGAGGAUAAACAGAAGAAGCACAAAAAUAUGUCUUUCUUUAUUGGAGAUCCGAUUCUUGAUGAUGAAGCUCAAGAAAGGUGGCUCUGGCGUUAUGAAAUGAAGAGUCAAAGAUCUAGAGGUCAACACUUGACAAAAAUUGAGGAUGACGAAGAUGGGGUAGUCUGGAAUGUGCAGUGCCAUUAUGCUCAAGCUAAAAUAAACAAUUGCAUAUUUAGUUUGGGAGAUUGUGCAUAUAUAAAGGGUGAUGGAGGACAAAAACAUGUGGGCAGGAUCUUGGAAUUUUUCAGAACAACUGAUGGAGAAAACUAUUUCAGAAUCCAGUGGUUUUACAGGGUUGAAGAUACAGUUAUAAAAGAAGAAGGCACUUUUCAUGACAAGAGGCGCUUAUUCUAUUCUACAAUAAUGAAUGAUAAUUUGAUAGAUUGUAUAAUUUCAAAAGUCAAUGUUACACAAAUAACACCUAGGGUAGGUCUAAGAUUGAGCUCUAUUCCGUCACCAGACUUCUUUUGUGAUAUGGAGUACUGUGUUGACUAUUCAACAUUUCGCUCCUUGGUGACUGAUACUUCUGUUAAGAGUCAUGAUGUAUCAUCACCUUACAGCAUUAAGCCUGUCUGUCCAAUGGCCACUCCUACUCUUUUGGAGAACAUAUCCAAUUGUGAAACAUUUAAAGACAAAUUAGCACUAUUAGAUCUUUUUUCUGGUUGCGGUGGAAUGUCAACUGGAUUGUGCCUUGGUGCCAAACUUUCUGGUGUUAAUCUUACAACGAGGUGGGCCAUUGAUAGUGAUAGGGCUGCAUGUGAAAGCUUGAGAUUAAAUCAUACGGAGACACAUGUCAGGAACGAAACUGCUGAGGAUUUUCUUAAACUGUUGAAGGAAUGGGAAAAGCUAUGCAAACGUUAUAAGGUCAAUGAUCUAGGAAGAACGCAUCAAUCAAGAGCAAAAAAAUUUAGAGCGGCCAAGUGCAAUGGAAAUUCUCGAAAUGAUGAUGAGAUUCCCACCGGUGAAUAUGAAGUUUCUAGACUUGUUGAUAUAUGUUACGGUGAUCCCAAUAAGACAGGCAAGCAUGGACUGAAAUUUAAGGUGCAUUGGAAGGGUUGUAGUACAAGCGAAGAUACAUGGGAACCAAUUGAAGGGUUAAGGAAUUGCCAAGAAAUGAUACAGAAGUUUGUACAAAAUGGAUUGAAAUUGAAAAUCUUGCCACUCCCGGGUGAUGUUGAUAUUAUUUGCGGGGGUCCUCCUUGCCAAGGAAUAAGUGGCUAUAAUCGCUAUAGAAACAUUGAUUCCCCAUUGGCUGAUGAUAGAAAUCACCAAAUUGUAGUCUUCAUGGAUAUUGUAAAGUAUUUAAAGCCCAAGUAUGUGUUGAUGGAAAAUGUCGUUGACAUUUUGAGAUUUGACAAGGCUUCUCUUGGAAGAUACGCUUUAAGUCGUUUGGUACAUAUGAAUUACCAAGCAAAGCUUGGAACAAUUGCUGCUGGCUGUUAUGGUCUUCCACAAUUUCGCUUGCGUGUUUUCUUGUGGGGUGCCCAUCCUAGUGAGAAACUUCCCCAAUUUCCACUUCCAACACAUGAUGUCAUUAUUAGAUAUUGGCCUCCGCCUGAGUUUGAGCGCAAUACUGUUGCUUAUGAUGAAGGCCAACCUCGCGAACUAGAAAAGGCAGUUGUUCUUCAAGAUGCCAUCUCUGAUCUUCCAGCUGUUACAAGCUUUGAGACUCGUGAAAAGAUGUCAUACCAAAAGCCUCCAGAAACUGAAUUUCAAAGAUAUAUAAGGUCAACUCGAUAUGAGAUGACUGGCUCCACUCUAAGUGGCUCUUUAGAAACAAAACCUUCACUUUUCGACCAUCGGCCUUACGCAUUGAGUGAAGAUGAUUACUUACGAGUUUGCCAAAUUCCAAAAAGAAAAGGAGCAAAUUUCCGAGACCUUCCUGGUGUAGUUGUAGGAGCUGACAAUGUGGCUCGGCGAGAUCCAAAAGAACAAAAGCUGUUGCCAUCUGGAAAAUCAAUGGUACCAGAUUAUGCCUUUACCUUUGAACAAGGGAAGUCUAAAAGGCCAUUUGCAAGGUUAUGGUGGGAUGAGACAGUGCCCACUGUAGUAACUUUCCCAAGUUGUCACAAUCAGGCAGCAUUACAUCCAGAGCAGGACCGAGUCCUCACCAUCCGGGAAUAUGCUAGGUUGCAGGGGUUCCCUGAUUAUUAUAGAUUCUGCGGUACAAUUAAAGAGAGGUACUGUCAGAUUGGAAAUGCAGUUUCUGUUCCUGUUGCACGAGCCUUGGGAUAUGCCUUGGGACUGUCAUUUCGAAAGCUCAGCGGGGACGAACCACUCAUGACUCUUCCCCCCAAGUUCUCUCAUUCUAAUUAUCUUCAAUUGGCAAAAUCUGUCUCACAAGAGUAACUAGUACUCAUUCUUCACCCUCAUGCAUUGAUCUUAUAAGUUGUCAUAUUUUAUUCUAACAAGAGGCAAAAUGGCUGUAGCUCUGGCAAGCUUGCAGCGGGGGUAUUUUGAGCUCGCUCAGUAAAUUUUGGCUAAAAACAAGUUUUACCGAGCUCACUAGGAAUGCUCUUAGGUUGAGUUUUUAAUGUGCAGAAUUGAUGUAGAAAUUUUGUUUCUGCCACUGUUGAUAUCCAUGGAUGUGAACGGGCUGUGGCAAGGCCAGUUCCAUUCUCUUUGGCAAAACACAAUGAAAUGAUUGAUUUAGUGUUUCCAUAAA